CCCGAACAUCGCACAAGGCGGGACGCAGCAGCACGUGGGCGGCGAGGGCUUCCCGCGCGAGCUUCCCGUGCGAGCGUCCCCAGCGCCGGGCUCCGCAGCGCGCGCCCCAAGCUUUCCCGGACUGCAGGCGCAGCCCCGCCCGGUCCGCCCGCUCCUCCCCCUCCGCCUCCGGGACUUUUACUUUCAGUUUCUCCCAAAGCUGCCCUCGACCCUCGCGGAGGACGCACGCCGCCGUGGGCUCCUGGCUGCCGCCGUGGGAACGAUGACCGAUGAUCAGGACUGUGCUGCGGAGCUAGAAAAGGUGGAUUCCUCCAGCGAAGACGGAGUUGACGCCAAGCCAGACCGCUCCUCCAUUAUCUCCUCCAUUCUCUGGAAAAAGAAGAGAAAUGCCUCUGCGUGCCCCGUCAGGACCAACCGGGACCGGGUGCCCACUUACCUAUACCGCAUGGAUUUCGAGAAGAUGGGCAAAUGCAUCAUCAUAAAUAACAAGAACUUCGACAAGGCGACAGGUAUGGACGUCCGCAAUGGGACAGACAAAGACGCAGAGGCCCUCUUCAAGUGCUUCCGAAGCCUGGGUUUUGAAGUGACCGUCCACAAUGACUGCUCUUGUGCGAAGAUGCAAGAUCUGCUUAGGAAAGCCUCUGAGGAGGACCACAGCAACUCAGCCUGCUUUGCCUGCGUCCUGCUGAGCCACGGAGAAGAGAAUCUGAUUUACGGGAAAGAUGGCGUGACACCCAUAAAGGAUCUGACAGCUCAUUUUAGGGGAGACCGAUGCAAAACCCUGUUAGAGAAACCCAAACUCUUCUUCAUCCAGGCAUGCCGAGGGACGGAGCUUGAUGACGGGAUCCAGGCUGACUCGGGGCCCAUCAACGACACCGAUGCUAAUCCCCGGUACAAGGUCCCCGUGGAAGCUGACUUUCUCUUUGCUUACUCCACCGUUCCAGGUUAUUACUCAUGGAGGAACCCAGGAAAAGGCUCCUGGUUUGUGCAGGCCCUCUGCUCCAUCCUCAACGAGCACGGUAAGGACCUGGAGAUCAUGCAGAUCCUGACCAGGGUGAACGACCGGGUGGCCAGGCACUUCGAGUCCCAGUCUGACGAUCCGCGCUUCAACGAGAAGAAGCAGAUCCCGUGUAUGGUGUCCAUGCUCACAAAAGAGCUCUACUUCGGCCGUUGACCACCCUUCAGCUGAGAACUACUGUCGGUCACUGAUGAAUCCAGUUUUUAUUUCAUUUUUGUUUUGAUGUUCUCACAAUAUCCAGAAAUGUUAAGGGUUUUAAUUUCAGGGAAGUAUAUUGAUUCAGCAGGGAGGAAGUUCUCUGGCAACGUCUGAUAUUCUGGGUUUCCAGGUUUUUUUUUUUGUUGUUGUUGUUGUUCAAUAACUCUGUUCAUCCGAUGACUUCACACUCUUUCUUUAAGGUUGAUUUCCUGUU